AUGACAAAAAUAAUUUUGAAACAAAUGGAGCCAAGACAAAGAGGUCUUAUUCUGAACCUGUCCUCUGGUCUGGGUACUUUCCCUUGUCCAUUAUACACAAUGUACUCAGCUUCUAAGGCUUUUAUAAGCACUUUCUCCAAAGCAUUACAAGCAGAGUACAAGGAAAAGGGAAUUAUCAUACAGGUAGUGGCUCCUUACGGUGUUUCUACUCCAAUGACAAUGUACCAAAAACCUGGUCUUAUUACAAAGACGGCAGAGGAGUUUGUUAGUGAAUCACUGGACUAUGUUACCUUUGGAGAUGAGAUUUUUGGAUGUUUAGCCCAUGAAAUGCUGGCAUGUGUCCUGCAGUUCGUCCCUUUAUGGGUGUUCCACAGUGACAGACUUCAAGAAGCAGUCCUGCAUGCAUUUACCAGUUAUCUGAAGAAGAGGUGGAGGAAUCCCUAA